GAGUAAGUUGGAGAGAGUCUCAAUGACAUUGUCGCCGGUCCUUGAUCUCCAUGGCUCUAGCGUUUAGCCGCAGCAGCGGCCAGCACGUGCACGCCGGCGAGGAUAGCGCGGUCCCGGCGGUUACCACCACACAGGUCACUGACACUAGCUCUCAAUGAAAUUGCGGACCCGCAACACAGUGGGAGGUUACCUCCCAGCUCGGGCCCACUCCAGUCCAGCGGUCCAGCCCCGUGGGUACACCAUACACGGUCCCCUCGCCUCCCUCCGAGAAGGAAGAAGCUCAGGCGAAGCGAGGCAGAGGGAUGUCGUGACGACGAAACCGAAGCCGAGAACGGAAGCGAGCCUUACAUAUACCCGGCCCCGUCCCAGUGCCCUCGGCUUCCGCCCCAGAUACCAAACCCUAACCUUAGUCGGCCGUUCCGCAGGCCCGCCGGCGGCGACGCCUUGUGUGCCGCGUCCGUGAUUCUCUUGCACAGGGAAGCGUUUGGAAGGGGACUCCCUGCCUAGUGCACUGGCCGCAGCGACGCGCGGCCGAGGCGCGGAUCGGGGAGGGGAGGACGGCUGUGGCGAGAUGGCGGGUGACGUCGCGACCUCGCCAGCCCCGGCGCCGCUGUCCGUGUCCUCAUCGUCGCAGAACCACCACCACCACGGCCCCACGACCGCCCGCGGUCUCCUCUGCCACGCCGGCGCCGGUGCCUCCGCUGGUGUGGUGGCGGCGACGUUCGUGUGCCCACUCGAUGUCAUCAAGACCAGGUUCCAGGUCCACGGCUGGCCCAAGCUUGCCACAGGUACAAUUGGAGAACCAAUGCACAACAUGCAUACCAUGAAUACAAAAAAGUUUAAAACUGUCAGAAUGUCCUCACGCUGGCAGAUCAUCGCAUACAUGAUACAUAUGCCCCAUGUGUUGCUUGUUAGUUAUCAAUACCAAAUUCGUCGAAGUUUCAAACAAUGCACACAAAACUGUAGUGUAAUUAUUGGGAGCUUGCAGCAGAUUGCUCAACAAGAAGGUUUCCGGGGAAUGUAUCGCGGCCUAUCCCCAACUAUUCUGGCACUCUUGCCUAACUGGGCGGUUUACUUUACUGUGUAUGAGCAGCUUAAAAGUUUUCUUUCUUCCAACGAUGGAAGCCAUCAACUUUCUUUAGGGGCAAAUGUUGUUGCUGCAUCAUGUGCUGGAGCUGCAACAACUAUUGUAACAAAUCCACUUUGGGUUGUGAAGACAAGAUUUCAGACCCAAGGAAUUAGAGCCGGGCCAAUCCCGUAUAAAGGUACACUUGCUGCCUUGAGAAGAAUAGCACAUGAAGAAGGCAUCCGAGGGCUAUACAGUGGCCUGGUCCCUGCCUUGGCUGGUAUCAGUCACGUUGCUAUUCAGUUCCCUGUGUACGAGAAGAUAAAAGCUUAUCUGGCUGAGCGAGAUAAUACUACUGUAGAAGCAUUGAGUUUUGGUGAUGUCGCUGUUGCUUCGUCUCUGGCUAAAGUAGCUGCGUCAACAUUGACAUAUCCUCAUGAGGUUGUUCGAUCAAGGCUGCAAGACCAGCGAGCAAACUCUGAUGCCAGAUACAAAGGUGUAAUAGACUGCGUCAGAAAGGUUUAUCAUAAAGAGGGUGUGGCUGGCUUCUACCGUGGAUGUGCCACAAAUCUGUUGCGGACGACCCCUGCUGCAGUGAUAACUUUCACUAGCUUCGAGAUGAUCCAUAGGUCCCUUCUUGAUCUAUUCCCUGCUGAACCUGAACCUCACAUCCAACCUCUAAAGCAUUGACCAUACAACAUCUGUACCCUAUCCAUGCGGCAGAUUAGGACCCCAGUAACCAUCCAGCAACAGCAAUGUUGUUUACUGUGCCAGAUGGCUCUUGUAAAAGAGAAUUGUUUUUUUCCCAGAUAAUAGCUGCCAUUCAAAAGUUGAAACAAUAGUGUAGGCAGAGCAUUAGCAUCUGUGUACGUAAUAGAUUUGUUAGCAUGCAUUUGGGGUGGAGGUAUAUGAGCGAUGUUGGGUAUUUUUUUUAUGAUGAUGACGAAAAGAAAAAUGUUACGACAUAUGAAGGAAUGAUUACUAUAUUCUUUUUCACA